AUGCCCGCAGAUCAGCGCGCAGAGAGCGGCGGCGUGUCUGGAACGCAGCGCGCUCCCCUCAUCAUGGAAGCUCCGUCCGCCCGGAGCAGGUCACCAUCAGGGGUGUGGAAGACAUACCUGGGAUUACUGAUGCUGCUGCAUCUGGCGCUCCACGCCGGGGCUUCGUCGGCGCUCAGGUCCUGUGAUAAAAGCUGCUUUUCGGGCAGGUGCGUCAACGGGAGCUGCGUGUGUGACCACGGCUGGGUCGGGGAUCAGUGUCAGCACUGCCAGGGCAGGUUCAAGUUGACAGACCUGUCAGGCUCUCUUACAGAUGGUCCAGUGAACUAUAAGUACAAGACCAAAUGCACUUGGCUAAUAGAAGGAUACCCUAAUGCGGCGCUCAGGCUGCGCUUCAAUCACUUUGCCACGGAGUGCUGCUGGGACCACAUGUACGUCUAUGACGGGGACUCUGUUUAUGCCCCCUUGAUUGCUGUGUUCAGUGGUCUGGUGGUACCGGAGACGAAGGAGAAGGAGACGGCACCCGAGGUGGUGACGACGUCUGGAUACGCCCUGCUCCACUUCUUCAGCGACGCUGCCUACAACCUGACUGGUUUCAACAUCGCCUACUCGAUCAACUCCUGUCCCAACAACUGCUCGGGCCACGGCAGAUGCAGCGCAGGGAACUCUGUGGCGGGUCGCGUGUACUGUGAAUGUGACGAGUACUGGAAAGGAGAGGCCUGCGACAUCCCGUACUGCCGGGACAACUGCGGCAGCCCGGAUCACGGCUACUGCGACCUGACCGGGGAAAAGCUGUGCGUCUGCAACGACAGCUGGCAAGGUCCCGACUGCACCCUCCCUGUUCCCUCCACGGAGGCUUUCUGGAUGCUGCCCAGCAUCAAGCCGUCGGCUCAGUCUCUGGGCCGGGCCUCCCACCGAGCCCUGGUGCAUUCUGGGUUGAUGUGGGUGGUGGGAGGCUACUCCUUCAACUACUCCAACUACCACAUGGUGCUCAACUACAACCCAGACACCAGCGCAUGGGACGUGGUGCCCGUCAGCAGCGGGCCUCUCUACAGAUAUGGUCACUCUCUGGCCCUCUACCAGGACGACAUCUACAUGUUUGGUGGAAAGCUGGAGGCAGGACCUGCCAACAUCACAGAUGAGUUGUGGUUGUUUAACAUCCCCACUCGUACCUGGUCACCACGGAAAGCGUCUCCAGCACCUCUUUGUGCUCUGGAGGGCCACACGGCUCACGUGGUGGAGCUGUCCAACGGUGACCCGGUGAUGCUGAUCUUCUUCGGUUACUCGCCCAUCUACAGCUACACCAACAAAGUUCAGGAGUACAACAUCAGGUCAAACUCUUGGCAGGUUGUGUCUGUCGGAGGAGCCGUGGUUCAGGGAGGUUACGGCCACACCAGUGUGUACGAUGAAGCCAGCGGCUGUGUGUACGUCCACGGGGGAUAUAAGGCCCUGAGCAACAAUAAAUAUGGCCUGGUGGACCACAUGUACCGGUACAGCGUUGGCACGAGAACAUGGUUGAUUCUCAGGGAGAGUGGUCUGCCGCGGUACCUCCACUCGGCGGUGCUGUUGAGCGGCACAAUGCUGGUGUUUGGAGGAAACACUCACAAUGACACAUCUCUAAGCAACGGAGCCAAGUGCUUUUCGGCUGACUUCCUGGCAUACGAUAUAGCGUGUGAUAGGUGGACAGUCCUUCGUAGACCAGGGCUGCACAGGGACGUCAACCGCUUUGGACACUCUGCUGUGGUCAGCAAUGGCUCCAUGUACGUCUUUGGAGGCUUUUCGGGUCUGCUCCUGAAUGAAGUGCUGGCCUACACCCCCCAGUCCUGCCGAGCCUUCUUAUCCCCGUCUGCGUGUUCAGCGGCUGGGCCUGGAGUUCGCUGCCACUGGGGGAAAAGUAGAUGCCUCCCAUGGGAGUCAAAACAGCCGGACCCCAUCGUUCCAGCUCCUUUUUGCCCUGCACCACCUGACAGCACCGAUGAACAGUGCAUCCGCUUCUCAGACUGUGCAAGCUGCACGGCCAACACCUGGGGCUGCCAGUGGUGUGAGGACAGGAAGUGCAUCUCCGCCUCCAGCAACUGCACCGUGCUGACUCUGGAGCUGGCCCAGCAGCAUGGCGGCGCUCUGUCUCUGUCUCCUCCUCCAUCCAUGUUGUCUGAACAUCAGCUCAGCUUGUGGAAGCACGGCGCGCGGAGGAAGGGCCAUUCGGUGAGAGACUCAUCCAGGUGCAAGCGCCGGGAGGAGCAGGAGUGUUUGCGGCUGGCCAACUGCCGGAGCUGCUCCCUGAGCAGCAACUGCCAGUGGGAGCUGCAGCAGCAGGAGUGUCAGGCGCUGCCCGGCCAGAUGUGCGGGGACGGCUGGCACCACGUCGGGGAGGUCUGCCUGAGGAUCAACUCCAGCAGGGAGAGCUACGACAACGCACAGCACUACUGCAAAAACCUGGGAGGAAAUAUAGCCUCUCUGCUCACAGACAAUCAAGUCAGUUUUGUUCUGGAGGAGCUCCAGAAAUUUCAGCUGGAAACUCAGAGGCUAUCGCCGUGGGUGGGCCUCAGGAAAAUCAACGUGUCCUACUGGGGCUGGGAGGACGCGUCCCCAUUCAGCAACACCACCCUGAAAUGGUUGCCCGGAGAGCCCAGCGACUCGGGCUUCUGCGCCUACUUGGAGAGAGCGGAGACGGCCGGACUUAAAGCCAAUCCCUGCACCGCCACCACCGACGGCCUGAUCUGUGAAAAACCUGCCGGGAGUCCACAGAGUCCAAACGCUCGUCCGUGCAAGACGCCCUGCGCGCUGCGGACCAGCUGUGCCAACUGCACCAGCCAAGCCAUGGAGUGCAUGUGGUGUGGAAGCACCCGGCGGUGCGUGGACUCCUCCGCCUACGUCAUCUCCUUCCCGUACGGUCAGUGUAUGGAGUGGCAGACCCAAGAGU